AUGUCUGUCGCUGAACCUUCCCAUGGUCCUAUGCUUAUCGGACACUUCUUCAAUAUUCUUCUCAUGGGUGUCGUUAUGGCUCAGUCAUACAUAUACUUGGUCACAUACCAGAAACGUGACAAACUUUGGAUGAAGCUUUUAGUGGUCUUCCUCCUUCUCAUCAACGUCAUAAAUACGGCUCUACAAUUCGCCUACCUGUAUACAUCCCUUGUUAUACAUUUCAGCGACGCAGCGUAUCUCCUCAAUGUAACAAUACUCUUCGCCGUGUCUGCCGCAUUGACGGGCAUUGUGUCUGGCGCUGUACAACUAUUUUUCGCAUGGAGAGUAAAGAUUUUAACGUCAAAUAUUUGGAUGGUGUCAGUGGUUGUCGCAACUGCACUAGCGGGUACCGUGGGAGCCAUAGGUAGUACCGCCGAGGCAAUGAAAGCUGGAACGUUUGUCAAGUUUCAAGAAAUUAAGUCUUGGGUCAUCCUUUGGCUUGUGGGUGCCUGUGUCGCCGACAUACUCAUUACCGGUAUUCUGGUCUGGCAUCUAAGAAGACAUAAGACAGGAUUCCAAACCUCUGAUGAAUUGGUUGACAGGAUCAUUCGAUCUACUGUACAAACCGGCUUGAUAACCUCAGUAUGCGCCAUCGUAGAUUUGAUGGUAUAUCUCUUGGAUCCAACCGGGCUUCAUCUGCUGUUCAACUUCCCCCUUUCGAAGUUAUACACAAACACGCUUAUGAGUAGUCUCAAUUCGCGAGGCGGAUGGGCCUACGAUAGCAGCGCCAACAAUAAUUCGCAUUCACACACUACGGGUGGUAUCGUGUCUACGUCAGGAGGUACCGCGUCUCGGACAAAGAAAAGCGAUGCUGCUGUCCUCCGCUUUGGCGCCAACACCCGCCCAGAAGUCUUCGUGUCCGUUGAGCAGCACGAGAUGGGCGACAUCCAGCGGAUGGAAUCUGACGAUAUGAAGGUAUCUGACAAUGUUUCUACGACCAGCAGGGAGCCAUGGGAAAUUGAGACGAAAAAAGAUGGUAGCAACACUACUACGCUCAAGGGCUAA